AUGUCCCAAACCUCCUGGGACAUCCUCCAAUGUCCAAACACUUUCCGAACAACCUAUUCGAGCAUUUCGAAAACAACGCUAGCAGUGCAAAACAACGCUAGUAUUCGCUUCGUGUCUAUUGCAUUUAUUCCCAAGAGCCUCACUCCCGCUCCAUCAGCCCCUCUCGAUCCAUCGACAACCUCAUCCAAGAUGUCGUCGGCGACCGCACCUCGCGGCGCAGGCUGGGUCCAACUAGCUCCGCGUCCCCCAAAACCCUCCACAUCGCUCAGGACCGCAACCUCGCAAUCAACAUACCACAACGAAGACGAGCUGCACGACCUCUUGCUCCAAGAAGAUAUCGACACCGAGCCCCUCACCGCACCCAUGCCCGAGCCCUCCGUAUCGCUCGAGCUCUUUCCAGGCCGUGACUUCGGACGCUACGUCAACACGAGCCUCGAUCCUCUCGCAUCGCGCGCAAACAGCCAACCUAAGCGUUCAGAAAUGGACAGCAACGAGGCGUCACUUCAAGAAGAGGCGCGACGCGCAAAGGAGGCGUUAGGAAUGGCUCCGAAGAAGAAGAAGGAAAGAAAAGUGCUCUUGCCCGAAAUCAAAGCUGAACUCCUCGAGGCGCUCCCCGAUGUCGAGAUCGAUGUCGCGGUCUACAACCCAUUCGGAACAUUCAUCUUACCUUGCUAUGAGAUCGAGAUUGGCAACACCACGACGCUGAGAGAGCUGAUUACCGCUAUCCAAGAGAUCGUUGAUCAUAUUGCUGAGACGCAGAAGGAGAAGGUGCACGGUCCGCUUCUAGUUAGUGUGAUCCAGGUCAAGAUCUUCAAUCAGGAGUUCUUUGACGGAUUUCCGAAGAUCCAGGGAGAGCGGAAGGGCGGUAAUACGGUGCGGGCGGAGAGUGUUACUAGUCCCAACUCGAAGGGUAUGAAUCACACGGAGUUACAGCUGGCUUAUGAGUUCGGAGAUUUGGGAGAUGAGGAUAUCCCGAGUGCUGACACGGUGAACUGGGUUGUUGGGCCUGGAUCUGAGGAGGAGUUGUAUUGGGAGCAGCUUCGGACUGCGCUACAGAUUGCUGCGGCGAAGGCAGUACAGCAAGAAUCGGCCAUGCAGGCAUACAAGAAGCCUAUGCUUAAGGUCAUGACUGUCAAGAAGGUUGGACUGCUGAGUCACUUCGUGGGAGUACAUGCCUUUGAAUACCGCCAGACGCCUCCCGAGAGACCGCCGAGUCCAGUCAUGAAGAAGAGAGCUCCUGUCAUGGAGAGUCCAAUCAUGGAAAACAGUACCGCCAACAAGGGAAAAGGCAAAGCAGAUCACGAUGGCGAACUCGUCACCUCCAUCCACGAACACAUUCGAGGCAAUUUUCCAGCCCUCCGUAGAGAAGUCUCUCUUUCCGAGAUCGAAUUUGCUGUACAGAUCGCAAAGAGUACUUAUCAACAAGAUGAUGAGCAGCUGAGCACAGCAGAGACCGCUCAGCAGGUCCUCAUGGACAUGAAGGAGGCUGGACGACCACCGCUGCGAAAGUUGGUUCCUGUCGAAAUGAAUCCCAAUCGGAAGAUGAAGCCACUCCGAAAGGAUCUGAACUGGGGUACUUACCAACGCAUGGGUGGAGAUCCGAAGAUGCACAAGCUGUUUCCCUUGGACGACGUCCCGUUCAAGCACGUGCAAUACGAAUUCAUGCCUGCCGGUGAAGACGUUGAAGACGUUGAAGUUGACGAAUCGGAAACAUCAGCAGAUUCCUCGCAAGACAUUGAGCCAGAGGACCUCGAACCAUACGAAGCUCUUGAUCCGGACCUCGUCGAGGAGUUUUUGGAUGACAAGAAAGUCCGAAAGAUUGUUGCGUACAGAGAGAGAAAGGAGGCAGCUGUCGGCUUCGACGAGGGUGACGAUGAUAAGUUCUUGCUAGGCGUUUUGUCACCACCUAAGCCAAAACCCGCUACCAUUUCUCCUCACGCUCAUCCACCGCCACCCACCGAGCCGUUUCCGGAGUUCGAUGAAGAGCGUAAAACACAAGUGAGCCCUCUCCAGCAAUACGGCAAUACUGUACAACAACAAGCUUUGAACAUGCUAAGACAAGCUGGUGCUAUGCAGCAAUUCGAGAACACUCUGCAACAAAAAGGUUUCACCCUCCGAAACCCAGAUAGUCCUCCUCGGCAAAACAUCAAUACUGUGCAACAACAACAACAAGCAUUGAACAUGCCAAGACAAGAGAAUGCUCCGCAACAAUAUGGCAAUACUGCGCAACAACAACAAGCUUUGAGCAUGCCAAGUCAAAAGGGUGGUCCUCAACCAUAUGGCAAUACUGUGCAACAACAAGCUUUGAACAUGCCAAGACAAGAUGAACCAACUGGUUCUCUCCAGCAACAAGCCAACAUAUUGCAACAACAGCAAGCUUUCGCCGUCCCCAAGCAAGAGAGUCCCAUCCGCCAACCUCGACCAAUCAGCCUCGGUCUCGGCGCAGGUUUCGCAGACAUCCUAAGCCAAGUCAACGCCAUAGCCCCGGAACCACAACCCCACGAAGGCCCGCUCUACACCGCUCCCUCUGCUCCCUCCGCUCCCUACACCACCCGCCCCGAAAGCACAACCCAGUCCCAAAACCCAUCAGCCUUCGCAAACUUCGCCCCCUUCCACCCCCGACCCCGCCCCUUCAACGACAUCCGCACCCCCAGCCCCGCCACCCCCCUAUCCCUAUCGCAACUCAACUUCCGCCCCCCAAGCGCCUUCAAGUCCUUCACCUCCUUCAACGCCGCCCACGCCGAGACGCGCGCCCAGCUCGCUCCCGCCUCCCGAGGAUUCUACAGCACGUCUCCAGUCCGAAACCAGGUUCACAAUCCCCAGUUCUACAACAACAACAACCACCACAUGUCGCCUAUCAAGCCGCAGCCGCAAGCCCAACACCUCUACAACAACAAUAUCUCGCCCGGUAAGACGCAAGCGCAGAUGUCGCGGGCUUUUAAUUCGCCGACGAUGAUGAGUGGCUAUGCUGUUCCGGCUGGUGUCGGUGGUGGGUAUAACUACGCCGCCGGUCCCGCUGUUGGUGGUGGUGGUGGUGGUGGUGCUAUGUAUGGAGGAGGAGGAGGAGGAACUCAGGAUCCGGCUGCGUAUAGCUAUGGACCGUUCGAUCAGGGCGGGGCCGGUUACUACGCUGGCGGCGGUGCGGGAAUGGCUCCUCCUCCGGGACUGAUCAAUAUCGGGGCCGGUACAUCGAGAGGCUGGAACGGAAGUGGUGGGGUUUUGCCUAUGCCGAGGAAUGUGCGUCCGUCGACCGGUGGGAUGAUGACUCGUGGUGUUCGUGCUGAUAGUGUGUUGAGGGGUGAGUCUGAGAGUUUUGUGGCGCCGGUUCCGGGUAGGGAACGUGCUACUUCGACGUAUUUGAGGGGUGUUUAUGCGAUGGGUGAGGGUGGUUUGGUGCAGAUGGGUGGUGCGGGUGAUGGCAGAGCUAGGGCUGGAAGUGGUGCUUUGGAGAGAGCGGGUGAGGCAGGUGCUGGUGGUGAUAACGGCAACGGUGGAUACGAUUGUGUUCAUGAGCAGGGCCUAUACGGUGCUGAUUGAACGAACGAGCUAUCAAUGAAUGGUUGGAUGGAGAUCAACGGGGUAGAUGGAUAUAGGACCUUCUCAUAUCUUGAUCUGCUCUCAGUUGGAUUGUCAGAUUGGAAUGUUAGAUUAGGCAAGGAGUUUUCUUUCUCUUUUUUGUUGCUUUCUUCUGAUUUUUCUUUGCAAAAGCGCUCACACUGCGAGCGAGGGUUCGAUCAUACUGCUGCUGCAUACAUAUGUGGUGGCGAUGAAUGGAUCUGGCAUUAUGGUGAUGAAAAUGGGAUUACAACGAUAGCAUGGCGUUCAGAUUGUUUUUUUGUCAGGAUUAUUGCUGACU